AUGGGAAUCUUCAGCAAGAAUGGUCUCAUGAUAAACCGUGUUCUGCUCUUCAUCCAGUACAUCGUGUUUGCAGACACUCAGUUGACACUGGUGGUCCCCUCUUCUCCUGUGGCCACCUCCACCCACCAGGAUGUCCUCCUGCCCUGUCAUCUCUCUCCCGAGAGGAGUGCUGCUGAUGCAAAGGAGAUCAGAUGGUUUAAGGAGAGCUUCAACAAUCUUGUGUACCUGCAUAAGAGUGGGAAGGUGACAGAAGGCAGGGGGUACGAGGGUAGGGUGAGCCUCUUCCCCCAGGAGCUGCAGAGAGGCAACGUGUCCCUGCUGCUCAGAAACGUCAGGCUCACCGAUGGAGGGAAGUACAAGUGUCAAGUGAGCUUUUCUGACUGGUUCGAGGAGCCCGCCUUGCAGCUGACAGUCAGGCAACCAGGUAGCAGACCCUUGGUAGAGAUUCUUAGGCAUAACAGGGAUUGUAUCCAAAUGAGCUGCAGUUCCAAGGACUGGUACCCAGAACCCUAUAUGUUCUGGAUGAACAUCAGAGGCAAGAAGAUGGAAGCCAUAAUUGAGAAAUCUAAACAGAGUGGAGGGAGUGGAGUCUUCAGCAUCAGCAGCCAAAUAAGUUUCUGUAAGUUAGAUACAGCAGGUGUGAGGUGCGUUGUAGGACAGCAGGACCAGGAGCUCCAGUUUGAGUCUCUUGUGAAAGUUACUGAUGAGUUCUUCAUGAGUACCCUGCCAGACAGAUUGCAUGUCUCCGCUAUUGUGAUUCCAAUAACUUUGGGCCUGGUGUGUGCGCUCAUAGCUGUUCUGCUAUUUAUCAACCAGAGGAAAGUGUGUCGGGAGAAACUUAAGGACUUUGAUGAUGUGACUCUGGACCCAGACACAGCACACCCCAAACUCAGGGUACAUGAAGAUGGGAAAUCUGUCUCAGCUGUGAACAAGAGUCUACCUGUUGAACCCAACAAGAAGAGGUUUGAUGAUCAUCUGUGUGUCCUGGCUAAGGAGGGAUUCAGCUCUGGGAAACAUUACUGGCAGGUUGAGGUGCAAGACAAGACCAGCUGGGUUAUUGGAGUUGGGAAAGAAGACAAGGACACGAAAGAAGUUUUCACCCCCGAGGAAGGAUACUGGACUUUAUAUUAUUCAAAAAAUGAUGAGUUCUGUGCUGUCACUGUUCCAGAGACACCCCUUCCUGCAGACCUGAAGCCUCAGACAGUUGGGGUGUUUAUGCACUAUGAGAGGGGUCAACUUUCCUUCUACAACGUAGAUGAGAGAUGUCAUAUCUACACUUUCAAUGGCACAUUUCAGGAAAAGCUCUUUCCAUUCUUUGGAACACGUGUAACAUCGGAUGUAACCCUGGAUAAAGACACAGCUCACCGCAAAUUGAAGAUCUCAGAUGAUGGUAAAGAAGUGCAGUGGAUAGAGGAAGGAGUACAGAAUGAAUCUAAUGGGUUCAACAGGUUUGACACAGAGCCCUUUGUGCUGGGAACUGUGGUUCGCUCCUGGAGGAGCUACUGGGAGGUGCGUGUGGAGGAAAAGGAGGACUGGGUACUGGGUGUAGCCUUGGCUUCAGCUAACAGGAAGGGGCAACUGACAAUGGGGCCCAGUGAGGGAUUCUGGGUAAUCAGGCUCUCAAAUGGGAGAAGUCUGAAGGCCCUGAGUGAGAAGGUGGAAGUUCUCACUGAUAUCAGCCCUCCAAGUACAGUGGGAAUCUAUCUGGACUGUAAGGAGAAGCAGGUCUCCUUCUACAGUGUACAUGGAGAGAGGGGUUCCCAUAUUUACACUUUCAAAGAUGGCCCAGGUUAUGACAGUAAUGUCUGCCCCAUAGUCUCCCCUUGGAAUAAUGAUGACAAUAAAAUAAGAAUUCUUUCUAUCACACCCUGA